AUGACGUCUGGUCGUCAUGGCCCUUAUGCCUUGGGCGACACACGUGCUACAAUGGUUAGGACAAAGCGUUGCCAACCUGCGAGGGGGAGCCAAUCGCAAAAAACUAACCUCAGUUCGGAUUGGAGGCUGCAACUCGCCUCCAUGAAGUCGGAAUUGCUAGUAAUCGCAAAUCAGCCAUGUUGCGAAAGAAUUCAAUCACUCCAAAAUCAUUUAGCCCAAAUCCAAACUGCUUUGGCUACUCUAACUACUAAUAUUAACCAAACUGAAACUUCUUUACAAACCAAAAGAACUGAAUAUGAACAGUCCCCAGAAGAUAGUUUACAAACUGAAAUUACUCAGUUGGAAAGCCAACUAACUACUUAUAAAAAUCGAAAACAAAAAAUAGAAACUCUUAUUCCUAAAUUACAAACCCGAAUUGGUAAUUUAGGUAAAGGUGAGAAUAAUACUGAUACCCAAAAGCAAGAAAGUAUUAUUCAAGAACUAGAAAAAGAUAUUCAAGAAAUAAAUAAGGAAUUGGGAAUAAAAGUGGAGGAGCCUAGACCUAGUCCAGGAAAAAAUCCUAAUCCUCCUACCCCACCGAGCAAAGAUAAUCCUUUUCCUCCUGACCUUCCUGAGCCACCAUCGUCAACUCCUCCGUCUCCUAACGACUCUGAUGAUUCUGAUUUGCCUCCUCCCCCUAAUAAUGACUCUGCCCUCGAUCAACUGAAAAAAGAAGCCUUGGAUAAAAUAGAAAAUCCAACUCCAGAGGAAGAAGAAAAGAUUAAACAGGCGGACGGACCUGCAAAAAUAAAAAAAGAACUUUCCGGAAUUUUGAGAGAUAGAAUAUUAAGUGAUAUUUCAAAUUACUAUAUUUGCGACUAUAAUGGGACAAUAACGGAUUUUGAAAACGACCCUGAUAUUACUUAUGAAAAGGGAGUUUUUGUAAAAAAUGAUUAUCAGAAAAUAAGAAAAGCGUUAAUUCAGGAAAUUAUUGACAAUCCAGGACAAUGA